CAUUUCCCUCUGACUAACAAUAGCUCUUUUUGUACCAAUUUUCAGACAAACCCUAGUGAAAAUCUCAUAAGCGAAAUCGGAGAAAAUGGAUUCCACCACUCAAACACCGGUCAAGAAAAACCCUAAGAAGGCCAAUCUUUUGGAUCAUCACUCUAUCAAGAGCCUUCUGGAUGAGUCUGUCACUGAGAUUGUUACAAGCAAAGGAUACCCAGAAGAUGCGAGAUUGAGUAACAUCAGGUUGUUGAUUGGUUCAAUCAUAAUCGCAAUUGCUCUUGUUGCUCAGUUCUACAAGAAGGAUUUUCCUGCUAAUCGCGAUUUUCUCAUUGGAUGCAUUGUGUUGUAUAUCUUGUUUAACGUGAUAUUACAGCUGAUUAUCCACACAAAGGAAAAGAAUGCAAUUUUGUUCACCUAUCCUCCGGAGGGAUCUUUUAACAGCACUGGCUUGGUUGUCUCAUCAAAGCUGCCUAGAUUCUCCGAUCUGUACACACUUACAGUAGAAAGUGCUGAUCCCAAGUCCAUUUCUGCGAGGCCAAAAGUUGAAUUUACCAAGAGCGUCACAAAAUGGUUUGCCAAAGAUGGAGUUCUAGUUGAGGGCCUAUUCUGGAAAGAUGUUGAAGCGUUAGUUAACGAUUAUGCUAAGGAACACAAAAAGAGCAAAUAGAUGCAAUUUCAAACAUUUUGAUAGGAAUGUUGAUGGCAAUGAGAUUGAAAACAUCGGCUUAUGACUUUCUGGAUUAAUAUCAUCUAUAUCAUUGUUGAAGAAAAAUUGAUCCAAUUUUCAUCAUAGUUUUAUAUUUUGAUCCAACUGCAAAA